AACAACGCAGCGCUCGGUCCGGUGGAGACGGACGCGAUCCUGCGGAGCUAUGCGGAGGGGCGGCCGGCCGGAGUUUACUCGGGCUGACGCCCUCUUGGCGGGGAAGCGGGCCGUCGGGAGGCGGAAGCAGGAGCAAGAAGGGAUUGGCAAGAGCAAGCCAACCAUCCAGGCCCCCAGUAGCAGCACUCGCUGUCUUUCCGUUUCCCCCACGGACAGUGACUCGAGUGACCUCUCCAAUCCGAGCAGUCCUUGCGUGGGAAGGGAAGGACUGGACAAUGUGGGUCCUGCUGAGACCACCCGACCGGCACAGCCUGGCAGCCGGUUCCUCAAACAGAAGCCACAGAACGGGGACGUGGACAUCCAGCAAGCGGGGCACAAUCCUGUCACGAGGGUGGGGCUCAGUGCUGACUCCAAGGGGAGAUCAAAUGCCAUCCUCAGAAAGUUGGCACAAAUAGAGAGCAAGAUCCAGAGCCGGAAGACCAAGCAGAGCAUCGGGCAGGUACCUGUGUUGGAUAAUGAACUCUCAUUGAGUGAAUCUAAUGAUGAUUUUGAAUUGAGGACAAGCGGUCUGAAGUUCCUGAAGAAGACAGCUGGGCUGAAGGAGAAUGUCAAGGCUCAGACGAAAAAUGGGACUCUUGCAGACAUAACUGGUGAUAGUGAGGAAGAUGCAGAUAGAUAUAGACAAGACGUUUGCCCCAAAUCCCAAAGACAGGAAGAUAAAUUCAAAUUCAAACCUAACAGAAAGAGUUGGAACUCGUUGGCAAGGAUACAAGAGCAAGCCAUGUAG